AUGGCAUCCCAGAAUCGUCCCCAGUCGUUUUAUGAAGGCUCUUUCCGAUUAUCUUCCGGCUCUCAAGUUCAACCCCAGCCUCACCAUCGUCAUCAAGCAUCGUUAGAGGAUAUCAUCAACUGCUCCCAACUUGGUCGCUUAACUACAGAUGAGCGCUCUCGCGCCCGAGGGGCCUUAAACGAUAUUAUCGACCACGUUGCCAAUCACGUUGGCUCCAAGGGCGGAUACAGUCGUCAUUUGCUCGUCCGUCAUACCUACGAAUAUUCGCGCUCUGAGAUGUCCAAGGAUACAUUCCUGCGGGUUUUCUUCAAUAUUAUGGGAUUAGAUAUCAGCAGUAGUGAAGAUAUCAACACUGAUGAUAGUCAGAUCCGUCAAAAAUUCAUUGACUUUGCAGACAUGCUCCUCGAGCAGUUCUUCGUCCCAUUGAAAGCAAAUGGAAAAAUUACACCACAGCCCUCUCCUGCACAGCUUUCAGCCAUGCAAAGCCACGGUGCUGAUGCUCGAGAUGAUGAGGGGAAUCUGCUUAGCAACGAGGUUACACUCGCUGUCCUGCAAGUGGCUCACAUACUUCCCCACUCUCUUACAAAAAUGAGCGAGAAUUUACAGCUGAAUGAUGCCAUAAGGACCACCAUUGGCAUCCUCAACAUGUUUGAUUGCGACGUGGCUCAUCUCAUCGAGGGUAGUCAGAUCGACAGCCCACGCAAUGCCAUCAGUCUGACUCCUACUUUCCAUGGACUCUUUGGCGACUUUCGGGUAUACUUUGAUGCCAUCGCCGGCGAGGAGCAUACCUACCGCAUAGGCAGUUUCCUCCAUCCAGUUUCGGCAGCGCGUCGGGGACUACCUAUUACUCGCAAACUCUUUCUCAGCGAAGGCAGGGUGAUAGAUGCUCCCUCCCCCCGGCUACUUGCUCUACACCGGGCCAUUGCGUAUAUCCUCCACCUGUCAGGGGCGGGCGAAUACAUUGAUAAACUACUCCAGGAUUUCGAGGAAAUGGGUGUGCAAGCGGAUGGAUCCACGGACCUGGCGCGUAUUGUGAACCUUAGACUUGGGGGCUGGCUGGAUCGUGCUGUUCAAGUGAAUUAA